AUGGGUCACCCUAGCAUUGUCAUGAGCAAUUCCUUCACUAACCAGGUCAUGGCGCAGAUUGAACUGUGGACCAACACUGACAAAUAUCCUGCAGGAGUGUACUUCCUGCCCAAAAAACUUGAUGAAGCCGUGGCAGCUGCCCAUCUUGAUAAGCUUGGAGUGAAACUGACUAAGCUUUCAGACAAGCAAGCAAAGUAG